AUGUCUAGUCUCGACGUCAAGACCUCCUUGGACGGCCUUGCUGUGCUCGCUGCAAGGGUUGUGGCGGGCCAUAGUGGACUGGACAAGGUGGUGGAGGGAGUCAAGCUGGCGGGCUGGCUCAUACUGACUCUCCCCUCUGUGUUUUCCAUGCUGCAACAACCAGCAGCACGGCUCAUGGAGGGCAUAGUGGACAAGGUGGUGGAGGGAUACAAGCUGGCAGGGCUGGCGCAGCAGCUGGCGUUACGCGGUUACCACGUGCUGUCGCUGAUGAAGCUGCGCAUGCUCCAUGUUGCCCUUUGCGCUGCGGUGGCUGGCAGCAUGAGUCUCCUCCCCAUUCUCUCCCUGCUCCCAUCCCUCCCCGCAUUGCCUCCCCACGUUUCCAUUCCAGGCUCCAUGCUGCCCUUUGCGCUGCGCUGGCUGGCAGCAGAGCUGCCUCACCGCAUGGGCAACCCGGCCCUCACAUUGGAGCGAUUAUGCACCCUGCAGGCGUACUGCACAGCUAAGGUGGGUGCAGUGUGCAACCCGACCGCAUGGGCAAUCCAGCUCUCACACUGGAGCGACUAUGCGCUCUGCAGGCAUACUGCACAGCACAGCUAA